AUGCUGCCUGCCGUCAUCAAGCUCUGCUGUGGAAUUUCCUACCCGCACCUCAGGAGUCUGGCAGGACUUCCGCGCACAGCCAUGGCAGUCAUAGGCCAGGAGUUUUCUCACCUGCAGCAGGGGGGACAUGUGACAUGGCGCAUGAAGACGCUGGCCACUUUAAGCUAUGACGGGCCCCAACGAGUCGAUGCCGACGCUUUAGCAGCAAGAGGCGAGCAGCAGUUGUUUGUGCGGCAAGGCCGUGAAGCAAUGAACGAGGCUCUUGGCGUGCUGGAGCAGAAAGAUGGAUGGAAAGUGGAGGUCUCUGAGAGCAACGGAGAUGUGAUCUACAGCAAAGUGAUCCAAGGGUCCAGGAAGGUGUUCCGGCUUGAGGCAGUCCUGGAUGCCAACCUGGACGAGCUCUACGACAUCCUGUUUGACAGAGUGGAGGAGAUGCACCAGUGGAACCCGAGCAUUCAGCAUGUUAAAGUUCUCAAGCGAGCCGGGCCGGAAACAAUGGUCACGCACGAAGUGUCGGUGCAGGCGGUGGGGAAUCUGAUUGGUCAGAGGGACUUCCUGAGCGUGAGGCACAGCUGCAAACGAAAGUCACGCAUUUAUCUGGGAGGGGGCGCCAUUCAGCUGGACGCCUUCCCACCGUUGGCAGGCUUUGUUAGAGCAGAGGACGGGCCCACUUGCAUUGUCAUUGAGGCGAUGGGCGACGGUUCGGCACAAAGGAGUCGUCUCACAUGGCUCCUCAACAUGGAUGUCAAGGGCUGGCUUCCAAAGUCAGUUGUCAAUCAGGCCUUGCCUCGAGCUCAGCUGGAUUUCACCAAGCACCUUCGCGGGCGCCUCACAGCGAGCGCGGCUUUGGGCUGA